UGUCAUAAAGCACUACUUAGUCCGUAGGGCGGAGAUCGGGAACCAAGGAGGAGAUGGCGAGGAUGAACUCGGUGUUGUGGAGUCUGCUACUGUUGGGAACCCUAGCUAUCUCUCAGGCAAAGAAGUCGACGGAGAAUUUGAAGGAGGUGACUCAUAAAGUGUACUUUGAUGUCGAGAUUGAUGGAAAACCAGCUGGUCGUGUUGUUAUGGGCCUCUUUGGGAAGACGGUACCAAAAACUGUAGAAAAUUUCCGAGCACUGUGCACAGGGGAGAAGGGUAUUGGAAACAGUGGGAAGCCUCUCCAUUUUAAGGGGAGUGCAUUCCAUAGGAUUAUUCCCAGCUUUAUGAUCCAGGGUGGUGAUUUUACACUUGGUGAUGGAAGAGGUGGAGAAUCGAUUUAUGGAGAGAAGUUUGCUGAUGAGAAUUUUAAACUGAAGCAUACUGGUCCAGGGCUUUUGUCAAUGGCAAAUGCUGGUCCAGAUACCAAUGGUUCACAGUUCUUCAUUACAACUGUGACAACUAGUUGGCUGGAUGGAAGACAUGUAGUAUUUGGAAAGGUGUUAUCUGGAAUGGAUGUGGUUUACAAGAUGGAAGCUGAAGGAAGGCAGAGCGGCACGCCCAAGACCAAAGUUGUGAUUGCAGACAGUGGUGAACUUCCUCUAUAAUUACCUGCUAUUGUUAGUUGUCCACUCUUUGCCUUUUUGCUUUUCUAAUGGAAUUUCUUAAGAGAUCUGAUAAAAAAAAUGGAAUUUCUUAGAGAGAAAUCAGUCAUGUGAUGUUAAAAUAUUGUAAUUCAGAAAUGGCUUUGAUCCAUUCUCAACUUUGUUUUAAUUUUGAUCAAAGUAUCUCAAUUUGAAAUGACUUUGGUCUAAUCAUAUUCAA